AUGUCAAACACUUCGAUCGUGCUACCUCGUCCUGGGACGGUGAAGUCCGGCGAUGCGCAGCGCACAAUCCAAGCUCCGUCUGAAACCGCCUUCGUCGCAACUUUUGGUAACCUGCUCCCACGAGCAUCAUAUCUGCGGACGCGAAACGGCAGAGUCGCAUAUUACGAGCUGUCCCCGCCGUCCCUCGCACCCACAGAUCGCACAAGGCCGAUUUCCCGUGUGCUUUUCGUGCACGGCAUCCAGACGCCCGCAAUUGGCCUGCAGCCACUGGCAAGCACGCUGUCUUCGCGCUUUCCAUAUGCUCAAUGUAUACUUGUUGAUCUGUGGGGCCAUGGGCUCACGGACACACCGUUUGCGGUGCACGACCCGGCGCUCUUUCAUGAGUUGCUAGAGACCUUGAUGGAGCAGCUUGGGUGGAAAGAUGCCCAUUUCGUCGGUUAUUCGUUUGGCGGGUCUCUAACGGCGACUUUCGCGGCCGCACACCCGGAACGUGUCGCGUCCAUGGUGCUGGUUGCGCCCGCAGGUCUUAUGCAGGCAACACAGUAUACCGAGUUGCAGAGGAGUUACUUGCACGGCGGUGAGGGAUUGGAGGAGCGGGCGCGAGCGUGGAUAUUGGAGCUGCUGGAGGGAGGCCAUUUAAUUGUCCCUCCAGAUUGGAAGGAGAGAGUGGGACGAGGCGAAGUAGUUGCGGAGGCAGUUCGAGAAUGGCAAAUGAGGCAGCAUGAAGGGCACAUGGCAAGCGUAGUGGGCAUUUUCAGAGAUGGUGGGGUUCUAGAUAAACAUGCUGAAUUUGCCAAAGCAUCAUCAAGCGGCAUAAAGGGUAUUUGCAUCCUCGGAGAGCUGGACGACGUGUGCAGUGUGCAGGACUUACAUCAAGUCGGGAUGCCGAAUGUUUUUAUCGUUCCACAGGUGGGACAUGGGGUUGUAAGAGAAAGAGUGCCGAAUGUCGCCCGACUGAUUGAGGAUUUCUGGAACACUUUCUAG